UCAUUCCGAAAUAGUAGAAACUUUCUCACUACUCGGAGUCGGGCGCGUCCCACCAGCAGGCGGCACUCACCAGAGGGCAGAGACGGAGUAUCAAAUAUUGAAAGCGAAACGGAGAGUCCCAAACCUGAAGUCCUGAACUGAACGAAAAUGGCGAACAGUCUCGCUCUCGCAAACAGAGCAUCGGCCGAUCGGAGCCUAAGCUUCUUGAGGCUCUCAUUGAACUUCCUCAGAGGCUUUAGCACUUCUCCUCCUUCUACCCAAAACCCUAGCUCUUCUUCGUCCACGGCCUCCUCCAAGAAACCCAAGCGCAAGAAGAAGAAGAACCUCUUCGAGGUCGCUCAGUUCUUGCCCAACUGGGGAAUCGGCUACCACAUGGCUAAAACCCACUGGACUGGCGUAUCUUACGAGAUCACCAAAAUCAAUCUCUACAAGGAUGGUCGGCAUGGCAAGGCGUGGGGAAUCGUGCAUAAGGAUGGCUUGCCACCAGCAGAUGCGCCCAAGAAAAUGAGUGGAGUCCACAAGCGCUGUUGGAGAUACAUCCCAAAAUUAACCAAAUCAACUGGAAGCGAGUCAAGUGCGACUAAGCCGACAGAAAAUGCUUCAAAAGCUGACGCCCAAGUAGCUUGAUGGAAUUGCUAUAUUUUUAUUGGUAUCUUCUUAGAUGGGUUACUUGUCUUUCAUUAGCACACUUGUGCUGAUAUGUUUCGUCCACCACCGUGACAUCUUAGAUCUCUGAAAUUAGAGAAUUUUGGCGAUGAAACGGAUAUUUGUUGUCGGGUUAUUGUUCAAGAACAGAAUAAAUUUCUACAAUAUUGUGUCUGUUUUUUGGGCUCAAUCCUAUUUGAAAGUUAUUGAGGGUGCUUGGGGAGGUGGGGGGAGUGAGAGGUUUUUUCCUAAGGUGGCCCUAGGUGCUGUUCAGUGUAAUCCUAUUAUAAUUGCUUA